AGGUAACGCUCUGAGGCAGGGCUCGUCGUGGUGGGGGUCUCGUGCUCUGGUGCUGUUGCUCCUUGUUGCUCUGUGCACGGCUGCAGCAGCCUUGUGGCUCUACGUGACCCGUUUGGACCGUGACAUCACAGAAACGUUGGCCAGCCAGAGGGAACUGAUCUCUCCUGAACCCAGGGUCUACAGCGUGCCAUGCUCCGAGGACUACGACAACUACAAACGUUAUCCAGGAUGCACUCCUCAGAAAUGUGGCAGAGCAGUCACAGAUAGCGUGGUGACGAGGGAGGAGGCUCAGGUCCUUCGAAGGCUGGCUGAGAGAGGGAUGGCACUGGCUGGGUCAGAGGGAGGA